ACAAGGAAUUUAUGUCGAUCCUUCCAAGAUCGAGACUGUGCUCCAGUGGGAAAGACCGAAGAAUGUAGCGGAGAUUCAUAGUUUCCUCGGACUUGCAGGGUACUAUCGGCGUUUCGUGAAAGACUUCUUGAGCAUCGCUGCACCAAUGACUCGGUUGACCAAGAAAGAAGUCAAGUUCCAGUGGGACGCUGAGUGUGAAAAUGCUUUUCAGGAGCUGAAGGUCAGACUGACAAGUGCACCAGUCUUGACUAUUCCUGAUAGCGAAGAACCAUAUGAGGUGUAUUCUGACGCCUCGGGAAGUGGGCUUGGUUGUGUCUUAAUGCAAGACAGACGCGUGGUAGCGUCACCUGUUUGUUGGUUGGAACCGGAGGAUAGACUUACAACUGGACCGGAUGUCAUUCAAGAGAAUGACGAGAAGAUAGCUGUGAUUCGAGAACGCCUGUUGACAACUCAAAGCUGA